UUCUCUCAAACUGCAACUUCCUGUUAUCUUCCUUCAUAGUCAUACUGCAUGCAGUGCGUGUAUCUUUCUCCGGUCCAACGAUCUGGCUAUAAUCAUGGAGGAAUAAAACACCUCCUCUGUGUCCUCCAUGCUUUAAUUUGCUACACACUGAAAAACCUAGGCAAUGGCGGCUCUAGAUGAGCCACUGUCCAAGAAGAAACAUGACCAACAAGCAAUCCAAAGGCUUUUCCUUUCGUUGGUGCCUCAUUUACUCGAGGUCGAACACCAGACGAGUAAUGCGAGUUUCAGCACAGAUUUUCACGAGCGAAACGCAAGACGACAACGGAGUGAAAGGCAAAUUCGCAGAAGGCUUCAAUCUCGAGUCAGCAAAAUGCGAUCAAUGUACAUCCCAUUUAAGCUGACCAAUGGAUUAACACUAACAGCUGGUGAUGAUCUCACCGCUGAAAGACGAGUGUGGGCGAGGGAAAGGAGCAGUAUGUGGUGGGAUGUUGUAGUCAAAGAUCACUGGACUGACCAAGACUGGAUAGAAAACUUCAGAAUGACCAAAGCCACUUUCACAUACAUCUGUGAGAAGGUGCGUGAUAAGAUAACAUACCACAACACUAACAUGCGCCGGGCAUUGCCAGUGGAGCAGAGACUAGCAAUCACAAUAUGGAGGCUUGCUACCAACUGUGGAUACCGCAUCAUAGGCGAUUUGUUUGGUGUUGGUGUAUCUACGGUUUGCACGAUCAUACAGCAGACAUGCAAGGCGCUAGCAUCAUCUAUGCAACAAGAGUUUCUGGUUUUACCCACCAAAGAGAAGCUUCAGGCAAUCGUUGAUGGGUUCAUGAAUGACUACGGUUUCCCUCAAAUGGGUGGUUGCAUUGGCACUUGUUACAUUCCAAUCAAGCGACCAGAUUCAAACAAUGCUCAGGAGUACAUAACUGCCGAGGGUAAUCCUGCUGUCAUUCUUCAGGGAAUAGUGGAUAACAAGGGGCAGUUCUUAGAUGUCAGUGCUGGCUGGCCUGGAUCAACAUCAGAAGUACAGAUUCUACAACAAUCCCACUUUUAUGAAUCAGUACGCAAUGGAACGUUAUUUCAAGCCAGUUCACUGGAAAUUGAAGGGGAAAGCGUGCCUGUCGUGUUACUGGGAGGAGUUGGAUACCCACUGCAGAAAAAUUUGAUGAAACCAUUCGACGUGGAAGGAAGUGCUUUAACGGAUUCACAGCAUGUGUUCAACCAACAGAUGAAUCGAGGGCUUUCAGUAGCAGCUAUUGCUUUUGAGCGCCUCAAGAGACGGUGGCAUGUCCUUCAGGAAAAGAAUGAGAACAAAGUAGUAUUUAUUCCAGACAUCGUUGCCACAUGCUGCAUUCUGCACAACCUGUGUGAACAGCGUGGUGAACCAUCACCUAUACCCCCUCAGGAACCACAACAAGGUCGUCCGUUAAUUCUUCCCUGCCAAGAGAGUGACCCCAGUGCUGAAAGAACCCGCCAUGCACUUGCUUCUUACUUCCUUAAAAGACUAGGGAAUAUGCAACAUCUUUAAAGCUUGUUCAUAAAUGUUGGCAUCAUACGCGUUUCAGUACAUCCUGUACCACUGAAUGAGAGCCCAAUGCCUAAAUUCACCACUCAGGACUACAGAGACAUCCCGUUUCAGUGGUCUUUCCGAUGCUACGUCAAACAGGUGGGCGUGGUUGUAGCAACGAUGGCAUAUAAUACAAACUGGAUGGCUAGUUUAAACGUAAUGCUAGAGACUGUCUUCAUAGGGAGUUUGUAUGGAGUCAAAGUGUGGCAGAAGUUAUAUUUAUACUAUGGUUUGGGCCAUGCAGUUGCACAUAUUGACUAAAGUAUGGGAUGAUGGUUAAUUGAAAGUUUUAUUCCCAAUAAAGAGUUGGACAUUUUAAUUGAUUUGUAGUCUAUAGCACUUUGAUUCAUAAACUAAACAAAAAGUUAAUACAGUGGGGUGUGAGAAUUAAGCUUUUUAGCUGAUUUCAGCUUUUGUUUUUUAGAUGUGGAGCCCAAAUUUCAGCUUUUUUGGUAUACCUAGUGUAUACAAAAGUAUUGAAACUGUUAACAUUUCAGCUUUGAUUUUUAGCUGGCCACUCACACCCUGGAGACAGAGCGUUUCAUUUGAAUUGCCAUUAGGCCCAAAAAUGAACAACAGUAAACCAAGACAAAGACAUUGGAAUGAACUUGUAUUGAGGUGUGCAGUAAAUGAGACCCAUCUUGACAACAUUGUGUCAUUAUUACAGGGCCAAAGGAAGGCACUUUCGUAAGGUUUUCCUCAAAAGAAGCCAUGAUUUUGUGAAUUUGUACCAUUUACAUGUAUGUGAGUUAGUGCAGUUUGUAAAUAAAUAACGCACACUGUUAAA